UGUCUCUCAGCUGCAAACUUCAUUGUCCACUGCAACAAGCUAGUAGAUCAAUUGCAGAAUGCUCUUGACAAGCUACCUAUAACAGAUACAACAGAAGAAACCAUUGAUCAUAGCCUCAAUUUCAACAGCAGUAAAAGCUUAGCACAUGAAAGUAAGAUGAUACUUCAGCAGUAAGUACAAUGCCAAGAGCUGGACCAUUAAGAUAUACGUGAUUUCAGACAAUUCAGCAGAAAAGAGCACAACUACAUCCAAGGAAGAAUGCCAAGAUGUGACAGCAGAAAAGCUGUACAUGAUCUCCUAAAAGAGGUCAAAGAGAAAAACAAGCGCAGAGACAACAAAGCUCUUUCAAAUUGUACACUAGUCUGUAACCACACAAGUCAUGACAGUUUGAGAAAAUUUGUGGAGCUGGAAAUAAAAGUAAGAUCCUUUUUUUUUACAUUUGACCACAUCAUCUAUAGAAGAAAAAGGAACACCUUUCGGGACAAUGGGACGAAGAAAACACAAAAUAGAAAGAUAAGUACAUAUCCUGAUGCUGAAUAUAUUAAGAUCUUAAAUGAUAAAUUGCCAUGAUGGGUUGUAAUGUA